AUGCGUGGUUUUCUCUCCGACUCUAAACGGAAAGUUAAAAAAGCUAGUAAAAGAGUCUUCAAAUCUGAUCCCAUCCUUGAGAAAAUGAGGGGGGCUGUGAAAAGGCUAGAUGAAGUCGCAACGGGCGUGAGAAAUUUCAUCUCUACACUACAACUGCAUCAACAACAUCAUAGUCAGAGCCCGGUUCCUACUCGUAAAACUGGACCAGCUCUAACUGAGAGAAAACUGCGUGGACGAGAUAAAGAGAGGGAGGAACUGUUAGAGUGGUUGAGAAAGGAUGACAGCAAUACAAGUGUAUCUCUUUUCUCCACUAUUGGCCAUGGCGGAGUGGGCAAGACCACCCUCACACAACACGUCUAUAAUGACGAUAGCUUAACUAAUUCCUUCGAUUGCAAAAUCUGGGUGUGUAUCUCCACUCCCUUUGUUGUCGAAAAGGUCAUGGCAGAUAUGAUAGAAUACGCCUCAGAAAGUACACCUAAAGUCAAGGAGCUUGCCGCUCUGCAAGAAGCUCUUAAGAAACUGGUAUCGUCCAAAAAAUUUCUCCUUGUCUUGGAUGAGCUUGCCGCUCUGCAAGAAGCUCUUAAGAAACUGGUAUCGUCCAAAAAAUUUCUCCUUGUCUUGGAUGGCGCAUGGAAUGAUGACAAUCGUUCUGAGUGGGAUAAAUUGUUUGCUCCUUUGACGAGUGGCCAAAAAGGAAGCAAAAUCUUGUUAACUACUAGAAGUGUGCCUGUUGCAAAAAUGGCUACUUCGGCUUUGGGGGGAUCAAUAAAUAAGCCAAUGAUAUUGAAACCUUUAGAUGAUGACAACUUCUUAUCACUUUUCAACCAAUAUGCAUUUGCUGGUGUAGACUCUUGUGAUUAUAGGAAGUUGGAAUCCAUUGGCGAGAAAAUAGCAAGAAGGCUUGGGGGCUUACCAUUGGCUGCAAAGACGAUUGGAGCGCUAUUGAAUUCUAAGUUGGAUGAUAGUCAUUGGAACAGAAUUUUGCAAGCAGACAAUAUAUCCGAUCAAGCACAGCAGAGGGAUGGUGUGAAUGCGGUUUUGAUGUUAAGCUAUCACCAUUUACCAAUGCACUUAAGACACUGUUUUUCUUAUUGCAACAUCUUUCCUCAAGGUUAUAGGUUCGAUAAAGAUGAUCUAGUCUUCAUGUGGAUGGCUCUUGGCCUCAUUCAAAAAUCUUCCCAAUAUCCAAACGAGACACUGGAGGACACUGGAAGGGGCUACUUUGAUGAUUUAGUGAAACUAUCAUUUCUCGAACAAGGUUACUUCGUAGAUGGAACCUACAACAUGCAUGAUCUUUUGCAUGAAGUGGCACGUAAAGUGUCUCAUGGUGAUUGCUUUAGAUUUGUUGGAGACAUGUCAAUUGACCAGAUCCCGAAUACGGUACGUCAUCUGUAUUUUGAAACCAACAAACUUAACCUUCUUAAAGAUGUGGGCAAACGGAAGAAUCUCCGCACGCUUGUGUUAGCCUUCAGAGGAUAUGUUAAUGAGCAUGCUAAGGCUUUUGAAGAAGCGUUUAAGUCACUGGAAAGCAUUCGGGUGCUGCGCCUAAAUGUUGACGACAUGAACGUAUUGCCAGAUGCAAUUGGUAACAUGAGGCAUAUUAGAUAUUUGUCGAUUCGUCAUGUUAUUUUUCGAUUACCUAGUUCGUUCUGUAGGCUUUACCACCUACAGGUCCUUGACUUUAGAUUUUUUGAAGCUGUGAGUGUUCUUGGCUUGAAUAAUCUCAUUAGUUUGAGACACCUGAUACCAUGUGAAGUUUACUAUGAAAAAAUCGAGGGGUUAGGGACGUUGACUUCACUUCAACGUUUUUCGUUCACUGCUGAAGUUUAUAAAUUGAGCGAAUUGAAGGAGAUGGAAGAUUUGCGGGAACUGAAGAUCCGUGGCCUUGAGAAUCACAAACAUCACGAGGAAGUCGGUACGAUCGAGUUGCAUCGUAAAAGGAACCUCCUCAAGUUAGAGCUGGUUUGGUCUGAUGAUAGGGGUGCGACGGAUGAGUAUGAAUUGAUGCUUGAUCGCCUGCAGCCACCUGAUAGCCUUAGGGGACUAACAAUCGAGGGAUACCAAGGCGCCAGGGCUCCAUGUUGGAUGGAACCGGACCUAUUAAUAAAUCUGGAGUACAUGAGCCUUGAAUGUGGCAGGGCAUGGAAGCACCUUCCUUCUCUCGGGAAGCUCCCGUACCUCAUGGAUCUGAGAUUGUGGGGACUGCCAGCUCUUCAGCAAAUUAAUUGUGAAGGUGGCUUUCAACAACUGAAGUAUUUAGAUAUCUCUCACUGUGAGCAAUGGGAGGAGUGGUGUGGAUUAGAGGCAGAGGCGGUACCCUGGUGUCCUCUGCUCAAGGAACUUGUUAUCGAGUACUGUCCUAGACUGAAGGCGCUGCCCCCUCUGCCCCUCGGUCUCCAAAAAUUGGUGCUGGAAGGCGUGGGGUUGUCUUGUUCCGACAUCAUCUCACGUCUCUCAGGGCGUUGUGGAUUGAGAAUUGCCCUAAGCUGA